ACUCUCAUCUGAUUACCGUGUGUGUUCCGGGGAAACCUGAAGUUGGCACGGUAAUAAGCAUUGUAAGGCGGUCUGCCGGAGCUCAGUCCGUGGGAGGGGUCUGCCAAACCUUUCCCUCUAAUUGACCAGGGAGCAGAAGCAGCCGGGGACGCGAGCAGCCACAGACGGGGAGAGAGGUACUCAGCCAACCGCGUUUUGCUGCUAAAUAACCGAUUAAUGAAUCCCAGAGGUGGAGUUAGAUUCAUUAGUCCUGUCGCAUGGUUACUAAGUGUUUUGCAGCAGCGAUUUGAGAGCUUGCAAAAGCCAGAACAGGCGAAACAGAAAGUGUUACCGAGCAGCGGAAAUUGCGUUAUGGCAGUGUAGGCUAGAUUGUCAUGGCAAUUAAUUUAAGACUGUUUUGGAUGUACUUUUUAAAUGCUUGCGAUACACCUAGAAAAAGGAUUGGUGUGGAUUCUGUGCAAUCACUUCAGGCACAGAUCUAAAAGUAGCUUGCAGCGAUAAAGCUUGCAAAAUUUAUUUCAGGUAGUUUAAAAAAAAAAAAACGCAUGGGCUUGACAAGACAGGAAAGACAGCCGCAUGCUCUAAUGGCUGAUCUCGAACUGUUUUACUUUGAUCACUCCGAUUGGAGAGACACCUCUCUGGUUUUGAACAACCAAAGUGUUAACGAGGGGAAUUCCCUUCAGCCCGGCGGGGGAGACGCUUCAGCACCAUGGACAGAGACCCGGACAGCUGCGGGGCCGGAGGAGGACACUGAAACAUCUUUCGCCUGCAAACACCAAGGUGAUGCUCAAGAUGAUGAUGAUGACGAUGAUGAUGUCCAGCUGAUAGGGACAAGUCCACAAACCUGCAGACUGAGUCAGAGCUCCUCAAGUGAACUGUACGAGGAGGAGGACAUCCAAGAACUUUACUUGCUGUCCGACGACGACCUGUCGUCUGACGGCUCGGGGAAGACUGUGGAUUACGGCUUCAUCAUCGCCGUGACAUGCCUGGUGACAGGCAUCUCUUUGGUCGCCAUAUCCUACACGGUCCCCAGGGACGUCCGGGUGGACCCGGACAGCGUGUCCGCCCGGGAGAUGGAGCGGCUGGAGAGGGAGAAAGCCAGGGUGGGGGCCCAUCUGGACCGGUGUGUCAUAGCGGGACUGUGCCUGCUCACCCUCGGGGGCGUGCUGCUCUCCACCCUGCUCAUGAUUUCCAUGUGGAAGGGGGAAAUGAUGAGGAGGAAAGCCUUUGCUUAUUCCAAACACGCAGCAAAGUUGUACGGCUCGAUCAAUUUGAGAGCAGGCUCCAGCCCGACUCGAGAGUCCUGCUCACAUUUGUCAGUGGCUGAUGAGGAUUUAGAAGUGCUGAGCUGAAUUUAUGGACAGGACAAGCGGAAAAGACUCAGACAAGUGCUUAAGAAAUCCUUCGAGUACUGUCAUUUGGUUUAAUGCCAAUUUGUUUCUAACAGCUGAGAAAACGUUUCUGGUUGAUAUGGACACUUUUUUUAAAAGUCUGUCUUAAUACAAUACUCACAUGCCCUUAUGUACACAGAGAGAAGUUUUUGUUUGCUGUAAUUGUUCCUUUUGUCCCUAGUGGCCCUGAACAGAUCCAGUCCUAAUGUAAUUCCACUUCGUCUGAAGCUAACAUGUGGGUUUAGAAGUUGAAUUUGCAGGAGUUCAGACCAAAAACAGACUUGUUAUAAAUCUUCAUCGUUGAUGAGGGGGAUUUGCUUCAGGUACCAGUAACACAAUAAAAACUACAAUCCAGGAAGUCCAGACUGGGUAACAGAUCCAAGAAGGGGAAGGCUUAUCAGAUACCAAAACCCUGCAGAGAAGUUAGUAAUACUCUGAGACAGGAUUAUACAACUCUGGAAAGUUAUCAGAGUGAUUAUUAUUUUAUCUUUUGUUGAGUCGUUCCGAGGUCACACUUGAAAGUUCACGUGUUCUUUUCAUGCAGGGCUAACAUUGGUCUGAAUGCAGCCUUUGUCUAGUGGGUCUUUUUCUUUUAGUCUUUUUAGUAGACUGUAAACAAAAAUGUAAAGACUGUAAUUUAAAAAGAUACCAACUUGAUUUCACUAACUCAGACUACAAAAGCCUAGUACCUUUAGAUACCCUUUGAAAUAUGUUAUUUACACAGAAAGAUGACUGUGGAUGUUGUCCCCAAUCACAAACAUUGGAAUAGACCUCCUCACAGUCAGCGUGGACAAGAGAAACUAUUACAACCAAUAACUCUUUGUAGUACACAUUAGUACAUAAUUAAUAUAUUUCAUAUAAGAUUUGAAUCUAUUCAUUAAGUAUCACCCAUACAGGAUAGUGAGAUGUACACAAUUGUAAGUUUACGUUUUUUUAGAGGUAAAACAUGAUACGUGUUUUUCUGAAAUAUAGUUUUUGUUUCCAUUGGUUGGUGAUGGUUUAUGAUGAUCUGUGACACACCUUUUUGUUUACCAUUGCAUCACGGAUUUAAUGAUGCUGCUGUUUUGGUGUGUUUGUGUCAACAUGCCAGUGCAGACUUUUAUGUUUAAAGUCCUGUCUGUAGCCGCAAGGGGAAUCAAACCUGAACCAGGAGCAAUGUCAUUCCCACUGCCUUCAUUUCCCUCCUUUGUCAGAAACAGCACUUCACUCAAUUGCUACUAACAAAGCUGUGCAGAUGUAGUUUACAAAAAACAACACUUGCAUGGAUCCGUGUUGAAUUCCAAAGAAAUCCUGUAAAUAUAAUUGAGACAUGCUGAAGAGAUGCUUGUGUUUGCUUGUUGAAACACAAAUAGUAAUACCACAGGAGGUGUAAUUAGAUUUUGUGGUUGAGUACUGAUGUUGGGGAAGCUCAGUUUACGCCAAAUACACUUGGGGGGUUUGACUGCAGAUGUUCAAAAGCAUACAGAGAGACAGAGAGAGAAUCAACAAACCCCUGGGGGAAAGCUCUCCUGGUAAUUGGUGUUAUACUUAAUUGUGUGUGGGAGGACUGAAAAUCAGUGAAAAAAAGAGAACAUUUUAGCAGUUGCCUUCAUAAAACUCUAUUAACUUGCUUAUCAAAAACCAAACCGUUUCCGCUGCGAAACAGGAGUAAAAUGUUACAUUGCAUUCGAGGGGAAGGAAGUAAAUAGAUUGCGUGCUCUGAGAGAAGAUGCUGUGAAUGAACAAUUGUGUCUUGUUCUUGUGGUGUGCAGAAUGCUGUGCUGUGCAGCCUCUGUAAUUAGAAGUGCUUAAGGCCCGCAGGAUCACAUUAUCCUCCACACCACCUUCGCUCACUCUCGCCUCGUUAAUGUAAUUAAAUAGUCAGAAUCAUCUGACCCCUAAUGAAAUAUGAAAUUGAUAUCCAAUGCUAAUCUGUCCUUGUUUACUGUCAAGAAAGAGGUUUACAUGAACAUCACAGGUGUCAGGUGUUUUCCUCUGCUUGUAUAAAAGGAAAAUUUAUGUUGUGCUUAAGUGUUGAGAAUCAUCCAAAUCUCUCUUCAAUCUGACUCAUCUGCUUCAGUUGGUGAUUCCUUCCGUCUGCCAGAUUGAAGUUUUUUGACAGUCAUCAGAGAGACUAGCUGAAAGCUUUUUGCAUUAAGUAUGUGGGAUUGAAGAGGAGUGGUACAGCAUAGUAAAAGCGAGAGAGUGACUUACAUGAAAGUCAGCCUUGUAACUCAAAAUCAACUUUCAAUGCACUCUGGAGGCUACCGUCUGUGGGGAUACCAGUCUUCCUAGCUCUUGUGGUGCAUUCAGGUACUCCUCAAAUGGUCCCAUUUCCUGAUGUUGGAAGUUGUUCUGUAAUGUAGAAACAACAUGGACACUUCAAAGAGGAUGUGUUGUAUUUUAUUGCUCAGAGCUGCACCAGUACAAUCCCGCACACCACUAAAUUAUGGCUUUACCUGACUUGUUAUUAGGGUUCAUGCUAAUAAAUAACUUUUUGACUAAUCUAGGUCACCGUCAUCUGAACGGCUACAACCUCAGC